AUGACAUCGCCUGCGCCUCCCGGUGACAUCGAGGACAUCCUGCACGACGCGCUCGAGAUCCUUGGCGAAAAACCCAUCAGCGAAGGACGCGCCGUCCAAUACGGGCCCCUGACACUUCGCGAAGGAAAGGCGAACACUCUGCUCGCCGACCACCUGUUUUCGCCAGCCCUGCUGCUGGCGGAAAUGAUCGAAUUGGGAGAGAUCUCACUACACUUGAUCGAGCUCGGAGCUGGUUGUGCUUUACCGUCUCUACUGGCGGCCACCCUGCCGAACCCUCCCUCCUUAGCCAUUGUCACCGACUACCCGGAUGAAACCAUACUCGCCAGUUUGAGGGACAACGUCAAUACCAACGUGUCUGCUUUCUCUCCGUCGUGUACUGUCAAGUACAUGGGGUUUGAAUGGGGCACAGACGCGAAAGAUCUUCUUGCACUAACGGGAUCGACUUCAGCCUACGACGUUGUCAUUCUUUCAGAUCUCCUCCACUUUGACGCGUCACACGACGUCCUCAUCCGGUCGCUGUCAUCUCUGCUCUCCCAUGCAUCAUCCGCACGCGCAUACAUCGCCGCUGGAAAGUACACCAAGCCCGAGGUCUGCCAUAACUUUGUCCGCGCAGCGAAAGAAGCGGGCAUCAUCUGCGAGGAACAUACGACCGACGAAAAGAGUAUUGUCUGGCGCGGGAAGAUGACAGUCAGCGGCCUCAACAAGGAUGAUCUAGGUGUGCGCAAGGCCAUGUGCCGAUGGUGGGUCGGUCGGUGGGCAAGUAGCUCAGAUUCGUAA